AUGGAAGAAUCACACGAAUCAUUAUCACUCCACUCGCCAGCAUCUGAUCAUGUCUCUCCAACGAGUCACGUCUCACCAAGGCGCAAGUCGGUAACUUUUAGCGACGACACGUACGAGCCUGCCGAUGCCGGUACUACCGUGGAAAAUACUCGGCCAAGUUCACCAACGUCAGCUGACACGCAACCCUCCAUUCCGCAUGCCAUUUCUGAGGAACCGAACGGAGACAAAAGUGAUUCCGCAAAUUUUCGUGAGAAUACUUUGGGAAAUUUGAUCAGAGAGGAGUUACUUGAGCUCCACGAUGAAAACCUCGAGUCAUUUUUACCGAGAGACCGUUUAGAUGAGAUUCUCACCGAAGAGACAAUUAAGCGAACUCUUGAAGAAGAGGGAAAGUUCCCGAAAGAACGACUAAAUGUCAUUGUGCAAGAGAUCUUGAGUCCUUCAACUUCCAACCAAAACGUGCAACCAUAUCUCAGAUCUCGGAAGGUGAUAUUGGUGAUAUUGUCACUUAUAGAUCGAGUCUCGACUAUUGAACGCUUUAUCAAGGAGGACAUUUGUGAUUAUGAUCUGCCUUUCCGCUAUGUCCGAGAAACAAAACCACAGAGUGGCGAUCGACGGCGGUGGGUAAUGAAAACAAGUGACUUUGAAAGGGAUCCUCGGCCGAUCUUGCUCUUCAGUGAAUGGAGGGAUUACCAGGCAGAGUCCUUCGAAGACCAACAGUGGAGGAUACACGUUCCUGUUUUCAGCCUCAGCAGGGAAGGCAUUCGCGAACCAACACAUUACUCUUUGGCACAAAAGGCGAUCACUCCAUAUUUGACUCGUAAGGGGGUUGGCAGAGGCGGCUUCAGCUUUGUAGACAAAGUGGAGAUCCAUCAUGGUCAUAUCGAUCCAAAGGGCUCAAAAACAGUAUUCGCCAUUAAGAGAUUGGAGACUUCGACAAAGUCAAUGUUUGAACAAGAGGUGUCAGCCCUUAGCCGAUUUGCAGACAAAGAGCAUCCUCACUUAAUCAGGCUACUUUGGACCUUCUCGUUAGGAUCAACCUAUCACCUGGUGUUUCCAUGUGCCGACGGAAACCUGAUGGACUUGUGGAAAGAGCACAAGUCUCCACUCGCAAGGAAAAAAGAUCAUGGUACGGCAAUUUGGUUCGCAAGACAAUGCCUAGGAAUCGUUGAAGGCCUCAAGAUGAUUCAUCAGGAUACCGACCAUGAAUCAGACGAGCCAAAAAGGCAUGGCCGACAUGGAGAUCUCAAACCAGAAAACAUCCUAUGGUUCAGAGACUUCAACAGUUCCAAGGAAGGUUACAGCCUGGGUACGCUGAAGAUAUCUGACUUCGGCCUUGCAAGAUUCCAUGGAACGAACUCAAAAUCCCGGAUCAACACAGAAGGAGUCGGGGGGUCUCCAACUUACAGAGCACCGGAGUACGAUGUUCACAAUGAGGUUUCUCAGAGUUAUGAUAUCUGGUCGCUCGCAUGUGUCCUUCUCGAGUUCGUUACAUGGUAUCUCAAAGGCUGGGAUGAAGUCGAGAACUUUUCCAGAUCUCGGAAGAAUGAGGACCGGAACUCAAUGGUAGGAGAGGACAUUUUCUUCAAUUGCAAGCAGACGAAGACCACGAUAAGCGCGAACGCGAAGAUGUCUGUUGCGGAGGAGGUCCAAAGCCUAUAUGAGCAUCCGAACUGUUCAGAUUUUACACUAGAGCUUGUGCAGCUUAUACAAACAAAACUCCUUCGAAUGCAUCCUGAUGCACGAAACAGAUGUUGUGAUGCCUAUGAAGAACUGAAGAAGUUCUUCGAUGACUGCUGUCGAUAUCCUGAGUACUGUCUGAAAAGGAUCAAGGCACCACCUGCGAGGAGAAAUACAGAGAUUUCACUUUUAGGGCCAGUGGAACUGCCUCGACCUAGGCCAAGAUCAUUGGGCGAGGAUAUACCGCCGCAAUUCGCCACGCGGCUAGGUUCCGGGUCUCUGACUCCGCGAUCUAGACCAGGAUCUCCGGCAUUAUCAAGGAGUCCAUACAUUCCAGAAGAGACUUUGGUCGAGGAGUCAAAUUCUCAAGUGGAAGAAUCAGUAUCGAAUAACGAAGUCCAUGACGUUCUGUCCCCAGCCGCUACCCCGAGUUUAGACAAGCCAAUAGUUGACACAAACGCGCACAUUUAUGGUCCGAAUAUUCAUCAGCAAGAUACACAGACGCGAGAUUCCAACACGACAAGAACCCCAAUUGGCAAUAACGUUACAGAUGUUGACACAUUGCAAGGGAAGGAAGAAGCUCAAGGUGCGCAAACACAUGACGUACCUAAAAAGCAGUCGGAUGAAACAAGCUCCCAGAGCGGGUCAAACAUCGAGCCCAAUUUGGGCCAACCCCAGGAGGAAGGUUUAGUGAAGAGCCCGUUGGGACGGUUUAAGAGGUGGAGAAUGAAAACUAUGGCUAUUAUUUGCUGCUAUAGAUAG